UGCUUGUUUGAUAGCACACAAACAAUGUUGGACAGCUUUUAUUACUAUGCCACGUGCAAGCUCUCUUUUGUUUGUUUACGACGACAUAUUGGGGUGAAGUGAAACUUGUAGGAUGGCGAGGAUGCCUGACAGAUGACAGUAAAGCGUUAAUAGAAAAGAAAAAAAUAAGUUUGAAUUCAUACAAUAUGAUUUGUAUGAAAUAGUCUUUUCGGAUUAUCGGCUCUUCUUCGAGGGUAUAUGACUUUGCACGAUGCUGACGGACAUGGAAAAGUUUCCGUCCAUCAAAUUGGGCGAUUUUACCCUCGAGUUCGAGCUCGGCCCUCCUAGUGCCGAGAUCCAAGAGGUCGCGAGGAAGGAGCUCCGCGAGAGCCCCGAACUUCAGAAGCAAGCCGUAGAAGAGCUCAGGAAACUUCUCCGAGCGGAGAGUAAUCUAAAGUGCCCGAUCGACAACGACGUGUGGCUGACGAGGUUCCUGCGGCCCUGCAAGUACCACCCGGAUUCGGCGCUCAAGCUCGUCAAAAACUAUUACCAGUUCAAGGUGAAACACGCCAACGUGUACGACGGCCUCAAGCCCAGCCGCGAGCGCAACAUCUUCCAGCACAACAUACUCACGGUGCUCCCGAACCGCGACCAGCAUGGCCGGCGUAUCCUCAUUAUAGAGCUCGGCAAAAAGUGGAAGCACAGUGAGGUCACCCUCGACGAGGUUUUCAAGGGCUGCGUCCUGUACCUAGAGGCGGCGAUGCUGGAGCCAACGACGCAGAUAGCCGGUGCCAUCGUGAUUUUCGACAUGGACGGCCUCUCCAUGCAACAGACCAUGCAGUUCACGCCGCCGUUUGCCAAGAGGAUAGUCGAUUGGCUGCAGGACGCGGUGCCCCUCAGGAUCAAGAACAUACACAUCAUCAACCAGCCGUACAUCUUCAACAUGGUCUUUGCGCUCUUUAAGCCCUUUCUCAGGGAGAAACUCAAGAGUCGGAUCAUCUUCCACGGCAAGGAUCGCAAGUCGCUUCACAAGCACAUAUCGGCAAAGUGGCUGCCCGAGUGUUACGGCGGAACUUUGACGAUCCCGAGGGUAACUGGAAGUCAGUGGCUGGAGCUGCUCUUGCUGUGUGACCACGAAUACGAAGCCAUCAACUCGUACGGAUACAACAAGACAUAAAUACUACAAAGGAGCAUCAGAGGAACAUCUCAGCGCCGAUGAUCCGAGAAAAGUAUUCCUGAGCCUUGCGAAGGAUUGUUCCUUUUUUUUGUCUCUCUAAAGUUCUACUGGUGCUUAACAUAUUAUUAUUAGAUCAUUGACUGUUGAUCGGUCGGUUACUUGAAACACGAUAAAAAAAAAUAGAAGAGAGCGGUACACCAAUUUUGGGCUUUCAAAGUAUAGAAAACUGCCAUGUUACACUGAGUGAAAAAAAAAAAAUAAAAAUCUAAUCAACUAAUACGUGUAGUUACUGCAGUAAAACGUGGAACGGUUCUUGAUAUUUUUAAUAUUAUUAGUCAUUGAAAGCGCACUGUUGUGUGAUAUUUAUUGUUACGCGUACGUUGAUUGUUUGUUAAGGUUGUGCGAUGUGUUUAUACAUGUGUACAAAUAUUAUAGAUAAUGUUUGUAUAUGCGUUGCAAAAAGUAAGCAUGUGAGAAAGAAAAAAGUAAAAAUUUUCGAUAUUUUUGUAAAGUAUAUUUCCAGUUUCUCUGAUUAAGAGUAGAUGGCCCAAUUAUCGAGAGUAUCCAUGAUUGUUACAUAACUGAUGAAUAGAGUGUGAUUUAUAAAUAAAUUUUGGUUUUUUACAAGUCAAAGUACUCAACGACUCGGUUUAUUUUAUGUAAUUGUUACUUAGAGCCUUGUUGAUAGGGAAAGGACUUGAUAAUUAGAUCAUCUACCUUGGUGUCGAUGAAAAAAAAAAAAAAAAAAAAAAACUUAUCGAACGAUGUCUGAUGAGGUCUCUCAUUGAAUUUACUAUGUGCGAGUUAGGGGGGCACGUAUUUUGUGUAAUAGUAUAGCUUAAAACGUAGUUAUGAAAAACAGACUAGUGCAUGUACUGGUGCUGUAGUGUCAUUGCAUUUGAGGAAUAUGGGAACAGCCUUUUUCAAUGUUAAUUACAAUGUCAUUGUAUAGAAAUUUUUUGUUUUUAAAGUUACUGUUACUAUUGCAUGAACAAUAUUAUGCAGUAGAGUUGUACGUUUUUAAAAACUUUUUUUUAUUUAGCUAAAAAUGGUAAACAUUCGAAA